AUGGCUGACCGAGACAGGGGAAUUCCUUUUCUAAUCAAAAACGAAUCUGCCCAACCCUGGCUGUAUCGAAGCGAAGCACCCAUCACUCAUCCGACACUUUCGCAAGAUGCCAUUUGCGUGUCAUCGAAUAGCACAUCCGGCUACUGGUAUGAACAAAUUGAUCACGAUGGAGAGUCGUCUUUCAUGGACUCGAAAUACAAAGACAAUUACGAUGUCUUUCGGAAUGUCGUGGAUGACUUCGGUGCCGACAAUACUGGCGACGAGGACGCCGCCGCCGCUAUUCAAGCGGCAAUCCAAGCCGGACCAUCAAACGGACCCGACCGGGGCUCUCAUUCCAUGGGAACUACUGGACAACCGGCUAUCGUCUACCUACCAUCUGGAACCUACCUCAUGAAAUCAUCCCUACAGCUAUAUGUGGGAACUGUCAUCAUUGGCGAUCCCACUGACCCUCCAGUGCUGAAGGCAUCCUCUGACUUUGCGGACGAUCAUAUCAUAUACGGAAAGGACCCCAAUUUUGGAGGCACGAUCAACUUUUACAUCGGGAUCAAGAAUGUUAUACUCGAUUCGACUGAUAUCGAUGCGGAUAAAGCCAUCACUCUCCUUGACUGGACGGUUAGCCAGGCGACUCAGCUUACGAAUGUCGGAUUCAACAUGCCCAACUAUAGCAGCGCGCAUGUCGGCUUGACCACACAGUACGACUACAAUAGUAACUUGAUCCUGAAUGACCUCUGGUUCAAAGGUGGCGCGAUCGGGAUGAAGUUGAGUGGCCAGCAGUGGGUGUUCAAGAACAUAUCAUUCACUGGCACAACUACCGGCGUACAAGCAGGCGGGACUGAUAUUGUUUUCUUGGGGUGCCACUUUGAGUCAGGUGAUGUGGGAAUCGACGCCCAGGGUACGUCUGGAUCACUGACGGUAGUUGACUCAACUGGUGUCAGCAUGGGUACCCUCGUCUCGUCGUAUAGUUCAGGCACUGCAGGCAAUUCAAUUGUCCUUGACAACGUGCAAAAUUCCGGACCCACCGUGAAACUCGGGGGAAGGACCGUGUGGAGUGGAAAUGUCCCCGACACCUGGGUCCACGGAAAUGUGUAUUCGUCCAAAAACGCCCAAUACGAGUUAUCACAAGGGAAGAUAGUCAGCACUUCCCGGUCCUCAUCACUACUCUCAGGCAAAAACUACUUUACCAUGGCCCCGCCAACGUAUCAAGACUACGAUGUCGGGCAGGUUCUCAACAUUAAGAAUGUUCCUGGACUUCCGGUUUAUGGCGACGGCGAAACCGAUGACACUCGAAACAUCAACGAUAUCUUGUCUCGCUACAAGACAUGCUCUCUCAUCUACUUUCCGGCGGGCACAUAUCUUGUGACAGAUACUAUUUUCGUGCCUGCUGGCACACGCAUCAUUGGAGAUGCCUUUGCAUCGACAAUCAGUGCUGUAGGAAGCAACUUUGAGGAUGAGUCCGCUGUCCGCUCCAUGUUCCGAGUCGGAUACCCGGGCGAUGUCGGCGUCGCACAAGUUAGCGAUAUGGUGUUUACUGUUGCAGACGUUCUGCCAGGUUGCCAAUUGGUUGAGAUCAACAUUGCCGCCCGAUCACCCGGUGAUGUUGGUUUCUGGAACACUCAUUUCCGUAUCGGUGGCGCGGUGGGCAGCCAAGUCGAGAGCAAGUGCACCGACAGCCCCGAAGACUGCAAGGCAGCCUGGGGUCUUUUGCACCUCUCUACUACGUCGUCCGCCUACAUUGAAAACAUGUGGGGAUGGACAGCCGAUCAUGAUCUUGAUGGAGACAACCCACAGACUAUCUCCACCGGUCGUGGCAUCCUGGUUGAAGGUACAGCGGCGACCUGGCUCAUUGGCACCGGAUUCGAACACAACACCUUGUACCAGUACAACUUUCAGUACGCACGCAAUGUUUUCACCGCAAUGCAGCAAAGCGAAUCGCCAUACUGGCAAGGGCCGGGAAGUAGCGCGCUUAACCCAGCCCCGUGGGAUGAGUAUCUGGGAAGUAGUGACCCAACCUAUAGCAACUGCGCUGAGGAUGAUAGCAAAUGCCGUAUGGCACUGUUCGAGCGGAUCUAUGGCUCCUCGGAUCUGUUCCUCUAUGGGGGCUGCAACUGGGUCUUUUUCAACGACAAUGGCGAUUGCAGUGGUGACUGUCAGACGAAUGCGAUUGAGAUCGCCAAUUCUACUGCCAUAUAUUUGUAUGGCACUAACACAAAGAGCACGACCAACAUGGUGCUGGAAGGAAACAAGCCGAUUGCACUGGAGAGCGACAAUGCCGGCGGGUGGGGAGGAGUAAUUGCCGGGUAUCUGUAUGAUGCAUAG